CCUUACUGUAAGUUACUCACAAACCAUCAUCACUUCGCUGCAAAAAAGAGAAAUAAAUCAACCCGGCUAUGCACUCUACUCCUGGCCUCAAGUCCCUAGACCUUAUCAGCCGGUCGAACAACCGCCUUGUCUUCGACGUGCUCCACAGUGUUCUUAAGCUUCUUCGUAUUGGUUACACUUAACAUUCCGAAGAAAUCAACCCGGAACGACCUCGAAAAACGGUGUCUGAACGUCAGUCGCACUGCACUUCGCAUGCACUGAAGUGAUAUGGGCCAUUAUCAUAUGCACCGGUGGCUGGAUUCAACUGUUAUGGUGAAUGCAACCGGCGAUACUUCUGUCCUUCAUCUACCUCUGUCCUUCAUCUCGUUUAAACAUCCAAUUCGGUUCACCGAGGCAUGAUUCAAAUAUACAAGCCACUUCAACUGGCGGGGGAAUUCCGGUCUCUUUCUAACUGCGGUGAAGCAACGGCAACAGUCGAUCGAAGGUCAAAUGUUACCUUUUCACCUUCAUUCUGGACGUGAGGAAUAUUGCUGUCGUAAAAAUGUUAUCCUUCGUAUAUAAGGAUACAAUCCGGGGGACUUGAAGCUCUGUCGUCUGGUUCGGGUUCUUUCUUCCUAAUGUCUAACGAUAUAACGUAUACCUCUUCCUCCUCCGACCGCAUCCGCAACGAGAGCUCUUCCCCAACGAAGUCGCCAAUUGAAAGCUCUGAUCAUCGGGAUAUACCCACAAUGCAGCGAAAACAAAGGGUUCCUCAAAACUGGUGGUGGAAGUACCGAAUGAUGAUACGUGAAGCAGCUGCAGAAUUCACCGCUGUCAUGCUUCUCGUCAUUUUUGGUAGCGGCGUCAAUUGCCAGGUCGGUUUGUCGAGCAACACGAACGUGUCUGCUUCUCCCAAAGGGGACUACCUUUCGGUCAGUUUCGGGUGGGCAGUUGGCCUUGCUCUUGGUGUUUGGGUCAGCGCUGGUAUUUCUGGCGGACAUGUCAACCCAGCGGUGACCCUAUCAAUGGCCAUUUUCCGUGGUUUCCCUUGGAGAAAAGUGCCCGUGUACAUGAUCUCCCAACUGCUUGGAGGUAUCGUCGGCGCAGCGAUCGUCUAUGCCAACUACUUCCAUGCCAUCGACAUAGUCGAAGGGGGCCGUGGUGUCCGCACUCUUGCCACUGCUGGAUUCUUUGGAACCUUCGCUGCGGGCUACAUGACAAACGUCUCUUGUUUCUUCGCAGAAUUCCUUGCUACUGCUAUCUUGCUUCUCGUCAUUCUAGCCGUCACCGAUAAACGUAACUGCCCCCCUCCGUAUGGAAUGUUGCCGCUCGUGAUAUUCGUGGUGACACUGGGCAUUGCUGCUUGUCUUGGAAUGGAAACAGGAUUUGCUAUGAACCCUGCCCGGGACUUUGGACCUAGAAUUCUUACAUCUAUGGUCGGUUAUGGCUCUGCUGUAUACACAUUCAGGAAUCACUACUGGAUCUGGUGCCCGAUAAUGGCACCCUUUUUGGGUGCCAUGGCUGGUACCUGUUUCUACGAUAUUCUUAUGUUCACCGGAGAGGAAUCCGUCUUCAAUCGGAGUGGUGCACAAACUCCAGGAAUUAUGGAUCAUGAAGCUGACGACGCCGUUUAAGCCGUCAUGGCAUCGCUUGUCGUCCUCGACCGCCGGAACGAUUUUCAUACACCUCACGAUAUAUGACGAUCCACCUCACGACUUUGUCUAUGUGUCAUCUUUUGGUUCUUCGGUUUCCUAAUCUGCCUUGUUUUGUUUCUCAAGUCGGAGUCAACUCUGCCAAUGCGCCCGUCUAGUUGACCGGUUACUUAUUCAAAAUGGUACAAAAAAAAAAUUCGCUACUGCGUACAACCCAAUAAAUAAAAUUAAAAUUAAAAAUCUGUUAAUGUUCCGAGCAUACUUAAAGCUCUACAUACGACGUCGACAUAUGACUUUAAUCGGCU